AUGGCUACUUCCUUAAUUUCUCGUUUUCAGGAUGAGACUUCCGCCGCCUCACUGUGGGCCAUAACCGCCGCAAUAAUAAUCUCCGCCGGCAUCUGGUUACGUAGGAGUCUCCGAACAUCCAAAUCGCCUCCGCCGCCGCCGGGUCCACGGGGGCUGCCGAUGGUCGGGUACUUGCCGUUCCUCCGCAGCGACAGCCUCCACCGGCAGUUCGCGGACCUGGCCGAGGCCCACGGCCCAAUCUACAAACUGAAGGCCGCCAACAAACCGAUGAUCGUGGUCAGCUCCCCGGCCCUGGCCAAAGAAGUCAUCCAGGCCCACAAGUCCACAUUCUCGACCCGCCUGGCCCCUGUCGUGGCGAAGAUUUUUUCAUACGACGGCAACGAAGUCGCGAUGCUGCCUUACGGGCCGGAUUGGGCCGCGAUGCGGAAGGUCCUGGCCCGCGAGGUUAUCAGCAACCAGGCCCUGGACGCGUGUCGUGCGCUGAGAGAAGGAGCGGUUUUGGCGGGAAUACGGGAGAUUCGGGCCGGCGAGCCGACGGGAGUGUUCGAGGCGGCGUUCAAGAUGGUCGUCGAUUCGACCCUGGCUAUGUUGUGGGGCGGCGGCGGAAGCGAAUCCGAGGGAGGAGGAGCGCCGAUCUUUGCGGCGGAGUAUCGGCAGGCGAUUGGCGAGAUGACGGUGCUGUUGGGGCGGCCGAAUGUCUCCGACGCGUUUCCCCUGCUUACUAGGUUUGAUUUGCAGGGGAUUCAGGGGCAGGCGACCAAGCUCGCCAAGCGUUUCGAUUGCAUCAUUACUUCUGUAAUUGAACGACGGCUGAAAGAUUUGGAGGGAAAGGAAGGAAUGGUGUUCAAGGAUUUGCUUCAAAUUUUGCUGCAAGUUCAGGGCCGUGCAGAUGCAACCGGGAGAUUGCUGAGUGAUUCGUUCCUUCAUUUCAAAGGCUUGGUCUUGGACGUAGCAAGCGGUGGCUCAGAUCCAGCAACAACUUUAAUCGAGUGGGCGAUGACGGAGCUUCUAAACGACGAGAAAGUAAUGACAAAAGUUGUACAAGAAUUAGAUCAAGUCGUGGGACCAAACAACGUAGUAGAAGAACAUCAUCUGAAAGAGCUUAAUUACCUGAACGCCGUCGUUAAGGAAACUUGCCGGCUACACGUGGGGAUCAUGGCUCGGCUGGCGAGUCAACCCUGCACCGUCGCCGGCUACGCGGUUCCAAAGGGAGCUACAGUUUUCAUCAACACUUGGGCCAUACACCGAGACCCAGAGUUUUGGGCCGAUCCGCUGCAGUUCAAGCCCGAGCGGUUUCUGGACGGCGGUGGAGAUGGGCCCAGGCUGACUUUCGUGGGCAGCAGCUUUCAGUUCCUGCCGUUCGGUUCCGGGGAGCGGAUGUGCGUCGGGUAUAACUUGGCGGAGAGGCUCAUGAACCAUGUGCUGGCGUCGAUGUUGCAUUCGUUUGAGUGGAAGCUGCCGGCCGGCGAGGAGAAGCCGGAUUUUUCAGACAAGUUCGGUCCGUUCGUGAAGAAGGAAAAGCCUUUGGUUGCUAUACCGUUCCCCCGCCGGACGUGUAGUGUGUAA